ACAGUUAUAAAAAAAAGAAGAAGAGUUCGAAUUUCGCAAUCGAUAAAUUUCAGUUCUUUCGGAUUUUUGACAUUUGAUCUAUGUUGUAUAUAGCUGUUGCGAAAUAAUCGUUAUCAUGGCACUCAAUAAUACUGCCAAGCUUUUGAGAGUUUUCAACAAACCAGCAAACUUUUCCUGUGCAACCUACCACAAAAAUGUUAUUGAGCACUAUGAAAAUCCCAGAAAUGUCGGUUCCCUGGAUAAAAACGAUAAGAACGUCGGCACAGGUCUAGUGGGAGCUCCGGCUUGUGGAGAUGUAAUGAAACUUCAGAUCAAAGUUGACAGUGACGGUAAGAUCAUUGACGCUAAAUUCAAAACUUUCGGAUGUGGCUCAGCCAUAGCUAGCAGUUCCUUCACAACCGAAUGGGUGAAAGGUAAAACUGUCGAUCAAGCCCUCAAACUCAAGAACACGGAAAUAGCCAAAGAACUUUCAUUGCCACCAGUGAAGCUCCACUGUUCAAUGUUAGCGGAAGAUGCUAUCAAAGCCGCUUUGUCCGAUUACAAAAUAAAACAGAAAAAAGAAAACUGAAGAGUUUUUUGGUAAGAUGUGAAUAAAAAUGUGAUAUGACCUUGAUUACGUAGUUGGCUUAAUAAAAUAAAAUUCUAAUUCGUAGUUACA